GAUUGGAGUUAUUCGGUUCCCGUCUCUGCUGAAGUUCCAGUUUUUAGUGGUAGAAUUCAUUUCUCAUCCCUGUUUGUUUCAGAGAAAAAGGGGCUUCGGCUUCUGGAUAUUCUAUAUUCCUCUCCUGCUUACAAUUUAUGGCCUUCAAUUCGUCUAGUGAUCACAAACUUAUGCUUCCUUGUCAAUUUGCUGUGGGCAUAACUAUGCUUCUCAGAUGAUUAUGAAGGUUGUUUAUGGUGGGUUCUUCAAUCUCAGUGAUUUUGACUUUUCCUCUCAGGAGCUUUGUUUCCUUAGACCACCAUUCUUGCUGUGCAUUUUCGCUGGCUUCUUGCUAAAUUCCUUUGUCAUCGCUGAGAUUCCAUUGGGUUCCAAACUUUUGGUGGCUGACAAUGACUGUUGGGUCUCCUCCAACGGUGACUUUGCAUUAGGAUUCUUUAACAUUUCAGAUCAACCUAACCUAUACAGUAUUGGCAUUCAUUACAAUUCGAAGUCUAUACCAACUAGCCAGCAAACAGUUGUCUGGACUGCAGGAGCUGACAUCACAGUUGGUAAUGAGUCCUACUUCCAUCUCACUCAGCAAGGGGAACUGAUCCUGUUUGAUUCCUUACGGGGAAUCCCUAUAUGGACUAGUAAAACAGGCAAUCGAUCAAUUGUUUCAGCUGCUCUUCGUGAUAAUGGCAACCUUGUUCUACUGGACAAAGAGCAAAACACUGUUUGGCAAAGUUUUGAUGAUCCUUCUGAUACACUUCUUCCAGGACAGAGUUUAUAUGUGAAUCAGACACUUCGAGCUGCAAGCAAGAAUUCAUUGUCCAGCUACUACAGUCUAGAUUUGAACGCUUCCGGUCAGUUACAGCUGCGUUGGGAAAGUAGUAUUGUUUACUGGGUCAGCAAUAGCCCUUCUACUUCAAAUCUCAGCGCUUUUCUAACCCCCAGUGGAGCCGUGCAACUUCGGCAACAAAGUUUGAAGCCCGUUUGGUCAGUGUUUGGAGAAGACCACAAUGAUUCCGUGAAUUACAGGUUUCUUAGGCUUGAUUCAGAUGGCAACCUGCGGUUAUAUUCAUGGAUAGAAACUGCACAACUUUGGAGGACAGUCUGGCAAGCUGUUGAGAAUCAGUGCAAGGUCUUUGCAACUUGUGGUCAACGCGGUAUCUGCGGGUUCACUGCCUCGGGUGCCACUGAUUGUAGGUGCCCCUUUGAGCUCACUGACAGUAUCAAUUGUAUGGUUCCUUAUAAGGAGUGUGAAUCUGGCUCCAUUAUGCUUACAUUCAAGAACACAUUUCUUUAUGGAACAUAUCCCCCUGAUGAAUCAGUUAUCAUAAGUAGUCUGCAGCAAUGUGAGCAGUUAUGUCUGAAUGAUUUUCAGUGUACAUUUGCGACCUACUUCAAUAAUGGAAGUGGUCAGUGCUCCCUGAGGAAAACUCCGUAUGUCACUGGUUAUGCAGAUCCAUCUCUAAGCUCAAUAUCUUUUGUCAAGAGAUGUUCAGAUCCACUAGCUGUAAAUCCCAAUCCGAAGCAACCGCCUCCAUCAGAACAGCCUAUGGAGCUUUGUCUUCCUUGCUUAAUAGGAGCAGCCUCAGGCACAUUCUUCAUCUUUGCUAUGGUUCAGUUGGGAAUUGGUUUCUGCAUCUACAAAAGAAAAGGCUUUACUGGUAGGAAAACAGCCACCUUGGGUCUUGCGAGCCCACACUUGAAGGGCCUAGCUGUUUUAUCUUUCUCAGAAAUCAAGAGCCUAACUGGGGACUUCAGGAACCAGAUCGGUCCAACUAUGUUCAAGGGUUUGAUGCCAAACAAUCACCUGGUUACAAUUAUUAACCUCAAUGCAUUCAUUGAAGAAAGGAAGUUCCGAGGUGCUGUCAUGAAGAUGGGAAGCAUCCAGCACAAGGACCUUGCAAAGCUGGAGGGUUAUUGCUGUGAGUUCAAUCAUAGAUUUAUGGUGUAUGAAUAUGCCAAAAAUGGUUCUUUGGGUAAAUAUAUAGAUGAUUCAACUCUGUGCAAGAAGUUAACCUGGAGAAAAAGAUUAGACAUAUGCUCAACCGUGGCAAAAGCUAUCUAUUAUCUGCACACUGGGUGUAGGGAGUUCGUGAGCCAUGGAAAUUUGGAAUGUGAAAAUGUCAUGUUGGAUGAAAACUUGACUGCAAAGGUGACAGAUUUUGGGUUUGCAAGAAUAGAUGGUCAAGCAUCAUAUUGUGGUUUUUCAGCUGAGAAGGAUGUGGAGGAUUUUGGGAAGUUAGUAUUAACUUUGUUGAGUGGAUCUCGAAAUCAUGAGGAAAUUCGCGAUUGGGCUUAUAGAGAAUGGAAAGAAGGGAGAGUUGAAAAUGUGUUUGAUAGAAGAAUUGAAGGUGGAAUGGAAGUAGAAGAACUGGAACGUGCAUUAAGAAUAGCAUUCUGGUGCAUUCAGAUGGAUGAUCGCAUGAGGCCUUCUAUGGGGGAAGUGGUGAGAGUACUUGAUGGUAAUUCGAGUGUAGAUGCUCCUCCACACCCAUUUGCAUUUCAGAAGCCAUUGCAUGAAGAUGAUGAAGCACAAGAAUAUGGUUCAGAAUCAGAAGUAUAAGGCAGGAACUUCUAGUUAGCAUUCUUGCAAUGGUAUGUUUAUAUUAGUUAGGACUAACCAUCCAGGUGAUGAAUAACUAUGUUCAUGUCCAAUAUUUUUUUGUCCCUGAAACCACAUGGGAUGCGACUGUAAACUGUGGAGAUCAUAGUGUUAAAUGUUGAUCUGCAUUUGAGCACAGCACAGACGAUUGUCACGUGCAGCCUUGCAGGGCAAA